UAACUAGACAUUGUGUGAAUCAAUGAGUCAGGAAUUGGAAAGCUUUAUAAAGCAGAAAAGUACUAUAUAAAGGUGAUGCAGGUGUGUGGAAGACUACAAAAAAGACUUCUAUAAAGGCUAGUGGAAAUGAGAAUGGAAAAUCUCCUAUUUCUCCUAUUAUUAUGUGCAGCACUUUCUUGUGCUCUUCCUGCAAGUAUGAGACAGCCAAAGGAAGAAGAUGUGCAGCUUAUCCAGAAGUACCUGGAAAAUUACUAUGGCUUUAAGAAAGAUGGGGAGCCUUUUGUUUGGAAAAGUAAUAAUGCAAUGACCCAAAAACUAAAAGAAAUGCAGGAAUUCUUUGGGUUGGAGAUGACAGGGAAACUGGAUUCUGGCACUUUGGACUUGGUACAGAAACACCGCUGUGGAUUCCCUGAUGUAGCUGGGUUCUCCACCUUUGCAGGAGAGCCAAAAUGGACAAAACAAGUCUUGACAUACAGGAUAGUGAACUACACACCGGACCUGCAUCCAGCAGAUGUCAACUCAGCGAUCAAGAAAGCGUUAAGUGUUUGGAGCAGUGUGACCCCGCUGAGAUUCAUCAAGAAGGACAGAGGUGAUGCAGACAUAAUGAUCUCCUUUGCAGCCAGAGGUCACAAUGACUUCAUCCCCUUUGACGGCCCAGGAGGCUCCCUUGCCCAUGCCUAUGCACCUGGAAAGGACUUUGGUGGAGAUGCUCACUUUGAUGAGGAUGAAACAUGGACCAAAAGCACAGAGGGCGCGAACCUGUUUUAUGUCGCUGCCCAUGAGUUUGGCCACUCACUGGGACUUUCCCAUUCCAAAGACCCCAGUGCUCUGAUGUAUCCAGUUUACAGGAAAUUUGACCCUUCAGUACACCUUCUUCAUCAGGAUGAUAUUACUGGCAUACAGUACCUCUAUGGAUCAUCUCCUAACACAAACAAUGAUCAAAGGGAAUCUACUGAGAUAAAAGACCCAACUGAGUCAAAAGAUCCUGCACUGCCAAACAGCUGCAGCUCCAAUUUAACGUUUGAUGCUGUCACCACUUUCCGUGGAGAAAUAAUGUUCUUUAAAGACAAGCAUAUUUGGCGCAAACAUCCAGCAGUCAGAACAGUUGACUUUGAGUUGGUAUCUUCAUUCUGGCCACAGCUGCCACCUGGUGUCGAUGCUGCAUAUGAAAUUCCUGAAAAAGAUGAAAUGGUCAUUUUUAAAGGGAAUGAAUUCUGGGUUGUGAGAGGAGAUAUCAUACUUCCUGGAUACCCCCAAAAACUCUACACCCUGGGCUUUUCAAAGGAUGUUUCCAAAAUUGAUGCUGCCUUUCAUAAUGGAAUUGAGGGGAAAACAUAUUACUUCAUAGUGGACAAAUUUUGGAGUUAUGAUAAAAGAAAUCAGUCUAUGGAUAGGAAGUCAUUACUGCUAAGAGAUGCAUUUCCAGGAAUUAAUGGGAAGAUUGAUGCUGUUUUUCAAUAUGAAAACUUCCUUUAUUUCUUCAGUGGAAGAAAGCAAUUUGAGUUUGACCUUGAUAAGAAGAGAGUUACACGCUUCCUAAAGACAAACUUUUGGUUUCCAUGUUAAGAAAAUUAAAUCUGUAAUGGUGUUGGAAAGAAUGUAUUGUUAUUGUGCUAGAAAAGCUUUUCCUUUUAUAAAUAUAUAAAAUGUAAAGGUACUUCAGCACUAGUCAGAAGACAUCCUGCACAAUCAUCAGUCAUCAGUCCCUGCAUAAUCUGUGUUUCUUUAAAUAAUAGAACAGUAUUUAGCAUAUUGAUGUGCACACAGGAAAGUAGUUAACAUCAGGCUGGCUAGCUUACCUAGCUUAAACAACAAUGCAGUUUUUACUUUUGAUACAAAAUUUGAUUUUGUGAUUGAUUUUAUUAUUUCUGCCAUCUUCUUUUCAUUCUUCUCAACUUCUUCAUCACCCUACAUAGAGCCCUGCCAUAGAGUCAGGAGUCCAUGAGGAAGAGCAUUUCUCUUCCUAAAGCUAGGAUUGCUUUCAACCUGUUUUAAAUAUUUCAAAGCUAAAAAGGAAGACUUAACUAGUUAUUGUAGUUACAGUGAGACAUACAGGAGUUCCAGAGAUCAAUCCCUCCCAGCCUGAGGGGUCCUGAGAGGUGGAAGUUCUUUUUUACACUGACUGGAGAGGCAGUUUAUGUUGGACACCUGAUAAUAGAAGGCUAAAUUUAAAUGUGAUGAAUUCUAAACUAUUGAUUGAUAUAUGCAAUUUCCUGUGCAAUGUGCUCUCAGGGAGGUUGGAGCAGAUGACCCUACUGUUGUCCCUUCCAACCUUACCCAUCCUGUGAGCAAAGGCUCAUUUCCCUGACAUGGGGCACACUGUCAUGUAGGAAAAACCUGGGCACCACUAACCUGCCUCUGCUCCUCUCCAGUUUUCCCUGGACAGUCCCCAUUGGCUGGGGGACACCUGUCCUGUGUCAAUGAGAAGGUGCCCAUCACCUUACCUUAGGGGCUGGGUGGGUAGGGAUCAACAUCCCAGGUAAGAGCAAUAGUGUAUUUCAUACCAUUUAUUUUGCCAUGUUCAAAGGGGACUAUGGGGAUGUUCAAAAUUUAUUGUAAGUUGACUGGAAAGAACAAGAGCAAGGAAAUGAAAGGAUCAAGAUAGGUUGGGAAGGACAGGGAAAAUAGAGGGAUAAGUGCAUGAGAGGGGUUGGUUGUGUGCAAACAGAUUGCAGUCAGCUGCUUUUUUGGCCAUGCCCUGCACAUUUGGUCCUGUCUUCUCAGUAAAUCAUGCCUUAUGUCUGGGUGAGAUCUUUCUGUGUGAGUUUGGGUGAGCUUCAUGCUGGACUGGCUGCUGAAGAGCUUAAGAGAACUGAACACCAGCAGCUGGAGCAUGGCUGCAAGCUACAGGGAUGUGAAUGUUCCUGGGGAUCCAGGAGGUGCAGGACCAGCUGAUCUAAUGGGAGGGCUGUGUGUCAAAGAGGGCUCCUGAGGGCCUCCACACUGUUGGUAUUUCCACAUUGGUGCUUCACCAUGGGACAGAAGUUCUCAUCAGAGGGAGGUGAGCAAUGGGGUGGGGCCAUGAGUCCUUUCCAUAUUUGUCCAAGUGCUCCAUGUUUUCUGCCUGUGACAGCCUCUGUGGCCAGUCUCACAGUGCUCUGGACACAGGGAG